AAUGGCGGCUCUUGUUAUUGUUUCAUGGCGUAUUUGAUACAAGAAUAUUUUUAGGACGGAUAACCCAUCUUCUGAGAAAGCUGCUAUCACUAAGUUGGCUGAACUCAGAGCUUCACAAAAAUUAUGGCCAAUGUCCAUGGAUGAAGAUGGGGCCUCAGGAAGAUUAUAUUGAGACGGUGUUCACCUGUAAGGGGGAUUUUAAUGAUCCCAACCUUCAUCUUCAGCUGGAGGAAUUUUACGAAGGACUUCGUAGUCUCUUGUUACCAGAUUCCUGUCAAGAGAAGUUGAUCUUGAAGAAGGUAGAGCCGUGGAACAGUGUGCGGGUUACAUUCAACAUCCCGAGAGCAGCAGCCCUCAAAUUAAAACAACUUGCUCAACAAGGAGACACAAAUCUAAGACGGCUUGGUGUUCUUGCAGUGCAGAUAGAAGGUGAUCAAUCAAUAUCACUGACGAUCGCUGGUAAGAACAAUGAGCGGACAGAACUAGUGUUCAAAACCGGGUCAGGCGAUGGAUCUGUGGAACCGUCCAUGUCGGUGCUGGAUGCCGUGGCCACAGGCAGCAGUGUGGAAGCCACCAGAAAGAACAUUAAGGAAUACUUGCGUCAGAGUGAUGCCUUGCUGGACCCCUUUCUAAGCCAUUUAGGACAAGGCAGCGAGCUACUGAAGUCCCCUAAUGUUGUUGCAACGUCCUCUGAUCCCAUACCAUUCUUGACAGGAGAUACCACCACUUUGGCAUCUUCUGGAAAAUCUCAUGGUCUUCAUAGCUCUCCAUUGCAUGGAUUGGUGUUCCCUGCUGGGAGGAGUCCAACGGGUUACCCAACCUCUCCCAGCCUGACUGGUAGAAGUGUCAUUGGGAGUAAUCCACAGAAAUACAACAGUUACCCCCAUGGCCGACCUGGAGCGCCUCCUGCCCGACAGACUAUAGGCAACUUGUUGUUACCCCCUCCACCCCCAUACCCUCAUCCUCAGGUGGUCAGUGUUAACAGUAUACAGAAACAGAAUAGGCCCAUGACUUCAUCCAGUCCACUGUUGGUUAAUUUACUACAGAACGAUCCAUCAGGUGGCCUUCUGCAUAGUUUAGCCCAGGGAAAGCUACCAGAGUUACUGGAUGGUAGUCUGGAUGCUAUAGCCCUGGCUAAGAAAAAACGCAGGAAAAGGAAAAAGAAACAAGCAAGGCUUGCAGCCGAAGCAGCUGCACGGGAGGCUGAAAUGGUGAUGGAAAGUGUACCUAAUACAGCUGUGACAUCCACCUCUUCAGUGUCUUUACCAGGAUUCAAGAAAUCUGUCAAAAAAUCUAAACCUUCUGUGUCUAGUGGACUUGCUGCUGAUCAUUCCACACAGUUGUCAGACGUGCUAGAAUCGGCUGCUGAUAAGCUUGUUAACCCUUAUACAGGACUGUUAGAACCAGCCGAUGCUUCGGGAGAUAGCACAAGUGGUUCUUCACUCGUUCCGGACCAGCAAGAGAAAAUAGACACGAUACAAGCUGCCAUAAAUAGAGUGGCAGCAGCUUGGACAGAGCACACCUCUGUCUCAGAAGAUACAGUGUCCACAAACGUAUCAAGUGUACUUACGUCGUCGUCGUCGUCAUUCGAUGUAACUGUAUCAACAUCACCUUUGGUAUCAUUGCCCCAGGGAUCGCUACCUGCGCAUUCAUUGCCCUGUAGCUCGUCCCCGUAUGUUACUCCACUGUCUGCAGCACCCUCAUUUGACAAGGGCACCUCAUUAGACGCCCUCGCCAUCUCUUCUGUCUGUGAUAGACCCACAAAUGAUCCCCACCAUAGACCAUAUGAUAUGAACUUUUCUCAGAGUAAUAAGAACAAAAUAAACCCCAACAGUGAGGGUUUCCAAGGGGAACCAUUGCUGGCCAUGCAGCACGUAGCAUAUAGUGUUGGACUUCCCUCAGGGCCACGGCAGUCCGGGCCCAUAUCUAUCCCUAGUCAUAUGCAGCCACAGCUUAGUAUGCAAGAGACAUUUAUCCCCAAAACUACAUGUACACUGGCAUUGUCCAAACCUUCCUUCAAUACUGGAGAUGUGCUGAUUUCCAGGAUUGGAGGUUUGCCAGGUGGUCACUCUGUUCUGGGUUCCACUGUGCCGGAAAAGUCAAGAAGUUUCACGUCAUCUGUAGCCGGAGAAACUCCUCAGUUGCCACUAAGGCGUCAUGCUGGAACACCCCCUCAUUCUGUGUUGGCCUCUCCACCAAUGACAUCCCAAGCAGAGAGACCCAGGAGCACUGGGAGUUACCCAUUGUCGCGGGCUGGGGAUGGUAAAGGCUUGGCUGAAGCUGUCUCAAAAAUAUCACCCCACUUUCAGUCUAUUGUGGCUAAUGUCCAUCCAGGUAAUCAUGGCCAGCUUUCUUUUGAGAAUGAACGGACUAGAAUCCAGAUUCAAUCGCCUGGCACUUGCGUCUCAAAAGGUGCAACCAUCACUCAAACUCAAAGUCAAAAUAUACUCCAACUCAGCGAAACACAAACAACAUAUUCACAUCCCAAAGUCGAUAUACCAAAAAAAGGAAAUGAUGAGAUUAACAAUUCCAAUCAUGAUUCUGGGUUGAGCAGUCAGUCUGAAGCAGCUGACGAAAACCUGUUGACUGACGAAACGGCCAGCUCCUGUGGCACUCAAGGAUCGCCGAUCUUGACAGUGGCUGAGAACAUCAAGGUGGAGCAUGGAAGAUCCCAUGUCAAAGUCGAGACUCAUGCCUCUAUAGCAUUAGCUAUACCCACUUCAUCUCACCCCAUUUCACAUCACCAUGCUGCAUUGUCUGGAAAUCCACUCUAUCACAAAGACUCUUCUGUUCAGGCUAUGAUGAACUGUAGUGAGGCUCUGAUGCUUCAUAAUCCAACUGUAGCCAGUACAAAUCCAACAGUCCUACACUGGAACACGGCUUCAGGAUCUCAGGCGCACGCUGAUGGGGCAAACCUGUGCGUAAGUGCUGAAAGAGACGGUCGACCAACAGAGCAGAAAAAUGUGCUCUUACAAAAACAGUGCGACAAAGAGCAAGUGCACCAGGUCAGGUGUCAGUCUCCCGAAAACACCAAGACCACGGUGUCAGACGGGAUGCUAGUGACUCACAGUCGUGAAAGCGAUAUGUCGCUGUGUCACCCUGAAGUCACUCAUCUGUCUGUUAAUGUGUCUUCUGUGGCUGACCUAAAAGACUCGUCUCACCCCACAUCUGUGAGAGACAAAGGUAUGGUUACUGUGUCACCAUACAGGACUCAGGGUUAUGCCCCGUCUUCUGGUGCACCAUUGUCUUACUGUGGAGGGGACACCUAUGGAAAUUACCACACAGACAAGGGAAGGAGUGUUCCCAUCAUGUCAGCCACUGUCUAUCAAGGUCAUAAGGACAAAGGUGUUGGGGAACUUGCUGAGGUGAAGCCCCGUUUGCAGUCCAGUGCUAUUAGUAUUGUCCCAGGUCUACCAGAUUUGAGGACAGCCAAACUUUUUGAUAAUGCAUCCAGUGCUUGCCCAGAAUCUGAUACUGUAAUGAAAAACAUGCGACUGCAUAAACCCCCUGCUCCAGACUCUACCGGAGUGACCAGUGUCUCCGGCAGUGUCUCCAGCAGCUUGCCUCUUACCUACAAGUCUUACGUGGAGACAGUACCUAGGCUAGGAGCUGUCCCCUCACAUAACAGCUCAGUAAACUUCUCUCAAGGCUACUCCUCUUCUGUGGACACCCAUUCAGUUAACUCCUACGUGUCCCGGCCUGUACCCAUUUCCUCUCAACAGAAUGAUACCGCUGCGUCACGGACUCAAACUGUGGCCACAGCCUCUGCGCCGACCAUCACUGAAAACUGUAGGCCCAGUGCAAACUUAAGGCAUGGCUCUAAUGAAGCUUUAAAUUAUAAUCAACACUACGUCAAUCCCCUUAAUGUUCAAAUGUGCAAUACUGCAAGCUCUGUGUCGGCAUCAACUUCUCUUGAGGCAGCUCAUGGCAUGACCCAGCCCACAGCCACGGCUGUGACAUCGGACCCAUAUAUGGUGAGGACCUCUUACACCAACAACACAACACAUGGUAGGACAAGUGUCUCGCAGAGUCCAGUGAAACUGGCGCAAGUGCAGAAGGUCAACACCCAUAGUGAUGCUAAUGGUCCCAUGGACUUUGGGGAGCACAGAAGCUCUCAGCGUGAAGUAGCUAACUGUCACAUCAAUGACCAUGGGAGUCAACAAAGUGACAGUGUGGAGUGUAUGAUGAAAUCUGGUGGUCAUGCUGCUCACCCAAAUCUGCCAGUGAUAACGGGGGACAUUCUUGACCAGGAGUUAAUAAAAAACUGCAAUUCUAAUGAUGUUCAAAUGAUUGAGGAUCAUGCAGUGCAAAACUAUAUUUCUGCUGAGCCCAAUCCUACUGUGCAAAGAGGGAUCUGUCCAGGUUUGCCAUCUUCGAGUCUUCGGGCAGGCAGCCCCGAUCAUUUGAAAGGUUCCAAUGUGACCAGCAUGUACACAAGAAAGUCUCCGACCAGCAAGUCUGGUGGAGGAGGCAAUAUGCUUAACAUGUUUGCAUCAGUUUUGCCUUUGCCCAAACUUCUAACAGAGUCCAUGCAGAAGGUGGUGAAGCCAUUGCCUGGAUCAGCCAAAGACCCUGAAGCAUCUGUGAAACUUGCUAGGCGUAAUCAAGGACAUCCAAACUUACUUAGCCACAAUGCUAGCUCAUCUUACUCAAAAUCCCCGCCCUUGGGCUACGAAUCUGUUCAGGGUGCCAGUAGUGUAUUGACACCUCCGAAGAGCCCUGUGCGGUUUGGCCCAGGAGAAGCUAUGACCAUGGGCUUACCGAAACCACAGUCUCCAAGAACUCGAAGUCCCCAUGUAUUUCCAGCACCAGGCAGCCACCCCGCUCUUCCACUCGGCAACAUGCCAAUUUCUUCAUCUUUCAACUCGACAGCUCUGACACGCAUGGCUGAGUCUCGUUUUCCAACUGAUGGUAUUGAUCACAAUGGACAAGAUAUUCCAAAACGUGAAUCUGUUCAAGCAACAGACUCCUUGAACAAUGGUCCUUCUCGCGCACAAGGCACAGUAGACAGUGCCCAUGUUCAGUCUUGGAACGGUGCUAAUACACAACCUUCUGGGCAGCAGCAAAUAACUCAUGAACAAACAUCUGUAGAAACUACUUUUGUUAAAGUGGAAGCAACUACGGGUUCUUUGAGUGGAGCAGACACAGCUGUUUCUGAAAGCAAUACAAUGACUACUGUAGACGUAACUGUGUCUGAAUCCAAUGCACGGCAUGAACCUUCUGCAAUACAGAACUUUAAGACUGAACAUAGUGGCAAACAGGUGCAGACUGGGGUUUCAGAACAUUCAGAAGGUCAAGAGGGACAAGAUCUAUGCAAGGCCAAAUUGUCUUACCCCUCACAAUCUUCCAUUAUGCAUCAUGUGUCGAGUGUUGAAACACCAGCUUGUGAUCAAACCACAGUUGGAAAUACCACCUCAGAGUUGAGUGUUGAUGGUUCUAGUGCUCAGAUUGCUGACACAGAGCAAUGUAAAGAAGUAAAGGAGUCCAAUGUAGGCCAUGAUUGCCCACCCCUGCCAAGUACGAGGUCUGAAAAACUGGCACCAACCAGCGGUGUUGAGUCCUCCAAUGCUCACACAGAAGAGUCCUCUGACAUGCCAGGUGACGUGGAAGAAAGUGCAAAAAGUACAGCAGCUGAGGAAAAACCUACUUUCACUGUAGAAGAGGUCUCGGUGGCAUCUGGGGAUUCCAAGGAAGACGCACCAGCUUCAGGAGAAACCAAGGAAAGGGUAUUGACUUCUGGGGAAACCCUGGAAAAGGCAUCAGCUUCUGUUGAGUCCAAGGAGAUGGCAUCAGCAUGUGCGGAUCCCAAGGAAAUUGCAUCAGCGUUUAGGGAGUCCAAGGAUGUGGUAUCAACUACUGAGGAGAAUAGGGAAAUACCAUCAGUUUCUGAGGAUUCUAACAGAAAUGCAUCAGCUUCAUGGGAACCCAACAAAAAUGCAGGAACUUCUGUUGAGCCCGGUGAAAUGGCAUCAGCUUUUAAAGUGCCCCAGGAAAAGGCAGAAGAAUCCCUUGAGCCCAAUAGAAAAGCAGCAGCAUUUGGGGAGGCAAAGGAACAGACACAACCUGCUAACAUGGAGUCAAUAUCUGAGGAUACCCAUUGUCCAGUAACUAUUCAGAUCCAAACUUAUCCAUCAACAGCCAUCUCACAUGAGCCUUGCUCUUCUGUAUUUCCUCAGGCAAACCCAGAAGUCAGUCCUCCAGAGAGAAACCUGUCUGAAGAUCCUCCAGGAGAAGCUGUUCCAUGUGCAGAACUCAAGAAUACUGAAAGAGGAAUUGAGGUCAGUUCAGAAAGUCCUGAACAAGACAUUUUACCAAAUUCUAUGGCUGAUGUAACUGAAGGUCAAGACAUCCCUGUUGAACAAAGUACUCCUGAAGGUCUGUCUGGUGAUCCACCCUUCCAAGCUCCAGCUUGUGAACCUGAAAUGUCCACGACUGUUGUGGAAUCCGGCCAAGCUGACCAACUCAGUGUGUCAGCUGUCACAGAAAUCUGUAAUGAAGUGCAUCUUCCAACUGAAGAUCACAAGUCAAGUUUUGAUUCCAAUACAGAGAGCAUUUGUGAUAACACCCAGAGCCUAGGACCAACAGCUAUUGAGGAUGGAACCUUGUCGAAGCCGGAGGAGGAACAUCUGCGGCCAUACAGAUCUGCAAGGAAAAUCAGCGAAUCAGAAAUUCCCUUAAUAACAAAGACGCUUCGUGGUGGAAAGCAAAUAGAAGAAGCACCUCGUGCAGGCCGAGCAACAAAAACCCCAAAACGCAAGGAAGAGGAUAAUGGCAAUAAGGUAUCUCCUGAAGCAGAGGCCAGUCCACAACUGCGACAGAGGAGAAGCAGAAGACGUUUGCCUGAUGCCGAUGGAAAUGCUGGUGAGCACACAGCAGCUAAACGCUCACGAGUUGAUGGCCUUGAUGAAACCCAUGGUGAAUCUGGUGAGCAGGAUGGAGUCGUGUUGAUGGAUGGGGAAAGCAAUGACUCUACAUCCUGUGAUCACAAUGACAUAGGGGAUUCUGCAGAUCACACAGCUGUGGAAGGCACUCAUGUGGACAAUGCACAUCCUGAUGCCGAUCCCAAGAAUAGUGGGGAGGAAAAAGCUGGCAUUCGUCAGCAGAAGGACACACGUCGAGGCAGUGAUGCCUCAAAACCUGUCCUUCGUGACUCUAAGCGUGAUGUCAAGCAAAAUGCGGCAGUGACUGAUAGUGAUGUUAAGGGUCGGGGUAAGGCGUCUGAGCGAGUGCUGAAAGCCAAUGAGGAGGAACAUGUGACCAGAAGCUCUCGACGGAACCGACAGUCUCCAUCGGGUGUCCUGGACAAGAGUACUGCACCUGCCACGCGUGACAGAUCACCUGUAUGUAGAACCCGUAACCGAACUCCAGAUCAACGAGAGGAAUCACCUGAUCAACAAUACAAGCGCACAACACGUUCUACGAAACCCAAAGAACACCCAGAGCCAGUGACUACAAACAGAAGGCGCCGGACGUCACGUGACCACAGGUAGUCCACCUCCAAUCUCACAUCAUUCUCACUAGAUCCAGGUGUGGCACGAACCUCUGGGGUAACCUGUUGGACUUGAACAUGUGCCUGACCCACAGAACUUCAUCAUCUAAGACUGUGUAAGGCAAUGAACAAACACUGUGUCGGCAGAGACAACAAUUGUGUAUAUAGUGAAGACUUCCUGUAGACUGACAACUAAGAUGCUGCUUUGUGAUCCUCCAUGCAUUUACGCUCCUCUCAGAUUCUAGGACUGCCCAGUUUAUAUCUCUGAUCAUGUAUUCACAGCAGGCUGUUUGAGAACAGAGAAGGCAGCCUGCAGACUUCUAUAGACUGAGACACAAGUCAAUUUUUGUGCUGAUUUGUGAUCAUAGCUUGGGCAAGUGUCCAGGUAAAUUCUCUCGGGAGCAUCUAACCAAGCUAGAACUGUGGAGGAUGGGUGUGUGGGGAAUGUUUCUUGUGUGUCUUAUAACCUAACCCACUGUUUUCUUUUGUACCCGUGUGAUACUAAGUUUUGUGUGGUAUGCAGGGUGAAACAUUACCAUGCAAGAAACCAUAUGAAGAAUUAAAACCUGGACAAAGGGGAAAGAACUGUAUAUUUGUAACCAAGGGGAGAUAACUUUCUCCACUGAGUGGACUGUUUCUGCUUUGACUGCUCACUGCUUUGUAGUGAGGGCACAAAGUCAGGAUAAUUUAUAUGGUAUACACGUUCGUUCUGCUGUUGUCGUCAUCAUAUUUUUUGUUUACAGAUUCUGUAGACUUGUUUUAUUGUAUCUGUGUUUACAUGGGCGGGGAGGGGGGGCAUCCUGUUGACGAGCUUCUAGGACAGUGGCACAUCUUGAUGCCAUGAGAUUGCAUCUUGUAUAUAGGUAUACAUAUUUGAUCCCAGCUAUUUAAGCAAAUCUUGAUAGCAAAUUUAUCUUGUUUAAUAGCAUAAGUUUAUUGCUGUGAAAAAUGUAGGGACAGUUGCAGUGAUAUUUACUGUUGAUUUACUUCUCUAGCUUUGGCCUAGAAUCUGUAUAUGUAAUGUUUAGAUAUGAAUUAAGAUUACACAGUUUUUUUUUCCCAAUACUCUGGGAGGUUGAGCUUAUGAUUAAUUAUCAGAUCUACUAGGUACUUCCAGUCUUCAAUCAUGUACAUACUUCUUGUAGAUAGACCUUCACCUAUAGCUGUAUCUUCCACUAAUCAUGACAAUAAGCACGAACUGGAAAUAUUGGGAAAUUAUUUCUAUAAUACACCAAAAAAUUUUCAUUAUUUUUUUUUUUUUUUUUGGUGAUAAUUUUUGUUCUUAUUAUUAUUCUCUAUAUAUUGUGAUAAAUAUGGCACAUUUUGGAAGCAUACUGCCGACAACUGCAGCAUAAUGACUACUUCCUCUGUGUAUACAGAGACUCCACAUAGGCCUAUAUAUAUAUUGUUUCACAUAGGUCUACAUUGUUUUCACAUAGGCAUAUAUUGUUUAUAUUUCAACAUGCAGAGAGUGAAUUUAUAGCAUUCAUGUUUACUUCAUUGAGAAUUUGUGUUCAUUUCAUGCAUUUGGGGGUAGAUCCCAAACACAACUGUACAAAUACUUGGUAGAUCCAACCUAUAUACUGUAAAGCUGUAUUUAUCUCCUGUUUGAUUAGAAAAAAAAAAACAUAAAAUUGAAUGGUAUUUGCCUUUCAUGAAGAGCAAUUGCCUAAACUUUGAAGAUGCAUAAAUUACAAGUCUGUGAACAUGAAUAAUGAAAUAAACCUUUUGAUGGUCAUGUUUAUACAACAUUGUAAGCUUCGUUCAAUGAAUUACAUGUUUCUUGUACUAAUAUAUGAGGAUAAAAUGAUGUAUGUACGCAUAUUUAGUGUGGUUGAGAGAUUUCACAUUAACACUUCCAUUUCCACAUACCCCAUCCUAGCUAAUCAGUUAAUACUUACCGUUUUCUUUUGUUGUUGUUGUUGUUUCAGUUAUAGGUACGCCUGGGAAAUUCAAUAACAGUUAAAGAUUUUUUUUUCUGUCUUCAGCUCUGAUUGGUUCUGAAUUUGCAGCUGGCUUUUGGCAGUUAAAUCUGCUGUUCAUGGGAUGGAUUGUUAAAAUUCUUAGCCUCAGUGCUUGUUAUGUUGCGAGAAUUACCUCCCCUUUUUUUUGUAAGUUUUGGCUUCAUUGAUUGGGCAAAAUUUACCCCAAAAUUAUGCUUGCAAUUUCUGGCUUCAGUCCAGCAUUGACUAGGGUGUGCUGAUUGUACCUAUGUAACACCAAAUAGCCAAGAGAAACACACAC